GCCAUUGACUGUAAAGACCUUUCAACUUAACAAAAACUGAAGUUGACAAACGUAUCCCUGUCGGCUGAAAACUGUGAGAAAGAGUUUGUUUCUUCGGCGAAGGGGGCAAAGCACAGGAAGACGAUGCGGCACACGGUGGAGGUUUUUAGACUGCGUUGGAGGUUUAUUUCUUUGUAAAUGAGCGACGGCUGUACCGCGGCGUUUUGUUUUGAUUUCCAUGUGAAAUGCAAUUAGUGCUCCGCGGUGCUCGCUAGUCUGCGGAGCGGAGCACACUCUCAACUUGUUUCUCACAACAUGGAGCACUACCAGGAGGAUCUGGGACUCCGGGCCAGCAAACUGAUGGAGGAUCUUUCCCUGUAUGAUGCGUAUAAAGACGGGAUGUAUGCGAGGAGAGACUUGGUGAUUAACCCUGAUUUAGACUUUUCUGCUCCGGCGGUAGCAGAGCAUAAAAGUAAGCCAAUGAAUGGCACCUCUGUGUUGCACCAGCAGCAUCACACCGUGGAGAAUUUCACGACUGGGAAUAAAGUGUACACGGCGGCUCCGGUGCGCCCGGUCAACUGCAGCCGGACCGUGCCGGUGGAUUUCUGUGCCCCGCAGAGAGACGCAGGUUACGCAGACGAGGGCUGCUGCACCAAAUCCGAAGUGGCUCUGCCGUGCUACACCGGGGCUUCAGAGAGGCACCGGAGGUACUCUCUGGAGGUGCAGGGCCACAGGUACAGCACCGGGUCCACCUUCGACGGCGUGCCUCUCAACAAACCGGCUGCAGUGCCCGCCAACAGGUGCAACAGCGUCUGCAUCACCAGCAGCCACGACGGGAGAUACAACCCCACCAGCCCCCGGUCCAGCCUAGCAUCGUCCCUGUCCUCCCAGGAGCAGAGCAAGCAUGCGAGCCCGAGGUCGAGCCUCAGCAGCCCGCGCACUAGUCUGGUGGUGCCGGGCCAGGACAGGUACAUCAGCCCCAGGUCGAGUUUAGUGCACUGUGAGGGUGUGCAAAGCCCCAGAUCCAGCUAUGCAAGCACCGCCAGCGACACCAGCAAACACUCCAGCCCGCGGGCCAGCCUCAACAGCUGUGACUGCUGCAGCAAACCCAGCAGCAACAGAACCAGUGGCAUCAGCAUGGGCUACGACCAGAGGCACGCGAGCCCCCGGUCCAGCACGGCCAGCCAGUACUCCUUCACCACCAGCCCCCGGUCCAGCUACUCGGACUCACGGUACGGGCCCUCGGGCAACCAUGACCUGGAGGGGGCGAUUCUACACGGAGCCCCUUUGGCCAGCCCUCGGUCGAGCAUCUGCAGCCAGGAUGGGAGUGCCAGACCCGGGACUUCUGCAAACUGCGUGGUGAGCCCCCGGUCCAGCAUCUCCAGCCACAGCUCCAGGAGCUCCCGUAGCUCCAGGGGGUCUAUGAGCACCUACCCAGACCUGCAGCUGCCCUCCCCCCGGUCCUCCAUGCUGGGCAGCGGUCUGCACGAGGACACGCUGCUGCAGGAGUAUGGAGACUCCAACGGGAUCCAGAACCGGAUCCACCUGCAGGGGCUCUCUGCGGUGCCGGAGCCCCAACAGCAGGCCCCCCAGCAGGCAGGGACAGUGGAGAUGAUCGCGGGGUCUCCGUCAUCGUUUUGUUACGGAGUGGCAACAAAGACAGCUUCCAGCCAGAGGUUUAAGAUGCCCUACCAGGUGACCCCCAGCAGAGAGAGCGGACCCAGCCAGGCGGAGCGGAGGCUGGAGGCCCUCACCCUGGAGCUGGAGAAGGAGUUAGAGAUGCACAUGAAAAAGGAAUAUUUUGGCAUCUGUGUGAGAUCUCUUUGGACAGCCAGUUCCACAAUGAACAGUGGCUUUGGGCAGACCUCUUAA